UUCUUGCCUGUUUAACUUCUUUUUUUGGCAUGAUUUCAGACUUCUACUGUCACCACAGCUUUCAAAAAAUAAAAUAAAACCUGCAGCACUGCAGAUACUUUUUAAGUUUGAUGAAGAGUGAUGCCAGUUUGCGUCACAACAGCAUACUUUGUAAACGCUGCAAUACGUUUCUCUUGCACAAAUGUUUUCUGAUUUUGUUUCAGAAAGCAGCAAGAAAAUGAAUAUGAUGGUCCCUUAAAACAAUGUAAUGCACUUUAUCUCUCUAAGGAGGAGGGGCAUCUAUGUAGCCUGAGGGCUGAUUAUAUUUUGAGGUUGGAUUGUGGCGGUGAAAGUGCACAAAUAUGCUCAUUAGUAUGUGUCCCAGAAAUCAAAAAUAAACUACUUUUUUUUUUUUUUUAAACCAUCUUAAGUUUGGAUUUCGUAACGACAGCCUUUCUGACGUGGCGGCUGCUUCCUCGCCCAGCCUCCUCACUUUCCCCCCCGCUGUUAGAGGAGAGAGAGAGCCGGCCUGUCCUCCCUGCUCCCCUCUCUCAGUUUCUGUCGGAGAAAACUGUCCCGGAGCCUCCACACUGGGAUUAUCCGAGUGAGAACAUGCGGGCAGCGGGGCACCACAUGGCCGCAGUGCUGGCUCUGUUUGCCGCAGUGUCCGGGUCGCAGGCGGAGGUGAUCGAUGACAUCCUGAGCAGCCUCUCCAGGGGAGCAUCCUUCCUGGAGCGGCAACAUGAGCACAUCAACCUGGACGGGGUGGUCGGGUUCCUCAUCCUGCAGGCUGAACUGAAGGAAGCAGUUCGGACGUGGCCUCACACCGACACGGUCAGCUGGGCUCAGAGAACCUCCGCCGUCGCUCUGGUCAAACGUCUCGACCAAAGCUUCGACAAGGCCGUCGCUGCCCUGCAGCAGAACGACCCCAAAUACUACAGAGAGUUCGAGCCCCUGCUGUCGUGGAGUUUCUGGUUGAUUCCUCAGGAGUGGAGCUCCACAGACCCCAGCCUGGUCUACCCCUCCACCAUGACCACCGAGUGUUACGACGAGCAGCUCAGUGACAAGUGUCUGACCCUGCUGCUGGGAACCUGGAAGAUGAAUGGGACGCCCUGCAUCGUCACCAAGCCCUGUCGGGACACCAUGACUCGUUUCGGUUGUCCACACUACUCUCUGUCCCACCAGCUGCUCUACUUCAUGAUCGGAAAAAUGAGAGGCUGCACCAACCUGCUGAAAGGCGACACUCGAGCGUCCCGAGCCAACAUGACUGAACGCAGCUACGAGAAGAUCUUCUGCUCCAACAUGAUGAAGACCAACCAGAACAUCAUCAAAGACGGUCUGACCGAACAGAAGGUGGACAUCUUCAUUGAGAACAUCCUGAUUUGUGGGUUGGCUGGUUUCUCUGACUUCUACAAAGCUGAUUGGCUGCAGCAUAUCCUCAGGCUGCAGGAUGAGGAAGUGGGCUGCUUUGGGAGAGACAAGAGCAUCAUCUCUCAGAUCAUUGGAGACGAGCUGCUGGAACAGCUGCAGCCUCACAAGAGAGUGAAGAGGAGGGAGAAAAUACUUCCAGAUGGCUGCUCCAGUCACAUGACGGCCGUGGCUGUCGGGGCUCUGGGCGGAUACCUGAACUACUACCUGACAGAACAGGACAUAACGAAGAGGCCGCUCUCCUGAACACCCCCACCCCCCCACGCGUGUGUUCACACGAGCAAAACGUAGAUCAUCAGGUAGAGAUGCUCUUCACGGCUGGAGACUGACUCCCGACACAAUAUGUUGCAUUAUGAACAUAGUCGUAAGAUGAUAAAUGCUUAAUAAAACGCUGGGAUGUGGCUGUUUGGCACAAAAUGGAAACAAAAUCAGUUUUUUUUCUACCUAUAUUUUGUUCAGAUUGUAUUCUAUGAUUAUAAUGAGGAAGAUGCUUUAUUCCCCAUGUGCUGAAUCUGACCUACAGCUACGGAUCAAAUUUAUCUAAUUAAUUAAUUUAUUUAACAAGAUGAUUUUUGAAAGUAGUGAUGCUCCAAUCCAACAGGAAUCAGAAUUCACCGUUACUCUUUACAAAUAACUUGAGUGUGAGAAAAAGGUAGAUCUGAUCUUCAGCAAACUAUCGUCCAGGGCAGUGCAUGUUCCUGUCCACGUGGAGCUGGACAUGGGGAUGGUGCUGUUGUCUCCAGGUACAGUCAGGCAGGCAGCGUCUUCAGGCUGUUAUUUGGCUAGUGAUAGCUGCAACGAGCUAGCUGAAGAAUUUAUUUAUUACUAUUCUAAAAGAAAUCAGGGUUUUGGGGGAUUUCUUUUGGGAAUAUAUUAGUUUCAUAUUUGCACAGAGUGAGUCAGCGAUUUUGCUUUUUGCCACACAGCAUCUUAACCAGUUUUUUGAGAGUUAUGGUUGAAGGGAUAAAUAGUGACAACUGUAAUCGUGAUGUCAUCUCCCGGUUGUAGUUUUUGUCUGAAAUAAUUUGAUAUUUCUGGCUGCUCUGUGAGGAGAGAGACCUGUCCAGAAUUUACACCUGCUGAUUUUAGAGGAUGUAUAAGAGUAUAACAAAAGCCCCUUUAGGCAAAAUGUGAUAUUGGGCUAUAUAAAUAACACUGACUUGAUUUGACUUGUAAUGAAUUAAAAGGAAAAUUAUUCUAUUUUAUAACCUGGUUCUUAUUCUCAUAAUAGUGGUCAUUCUGACUAUGAGUUGUAAUAACUUCGCACUUGUCACCUUGGUUACAGAGAUUCAGCAAAUAUGUCAGGGCGAGCAGAAAACGGAGGCUGCAGGUACAAAGUUAUUUUCAGCUAUAGUCAGAAUGGCCAUGAUUAUGAAAAUAAUACCCUGGUUUACGGUGGCAAGUCCAACUUGGAAAAUAAUAUUUAUAACAUUUAAAGUCGGAGUACGCUUGAAACAAAGUGGUCCGUACGACAUGUUGUCAGAACACGUCGGAAGGCAAAAGUGUUUAUAGUUGUUCUGAAAGGCUACAGGUGGGGCAAAAAGCUGGCUGUCAUACAGAGGGGGAAACUGUCGGUUUAUAGAUUAUACAGAAUUAUCAGUUCCAGCAUCGGAGAAAUCAGCCAUUAAAAGCCUGAUUGGAGCAUCCCUAUUUGAAAGACGGUGUAGUCCCUCAUUCGUCCAGGAAUGUACCAUCGUAGAAAAGGUUUCAAUCAUAGUCAUCUGGACACUGUUUUCAGAAUCAACCUAUUUGAAAAGGCAAAGAAAUAUUUAAGGUAACUUCAAAGAAAGAAAAUCUGAUCAUCAUCAUCUGAACAUCAUGAUACUGUUUUACUUUUUUCCUCCCCGAAAAUAUCUUUAUUUUCACAAACAUUUUAUCUACUGAAUAUAAAUCCACAGAACAGGGCCAGAAGGCAGCUGUACAACCAGCACUGACCAAAGAGGAUAUAUGCAUAAACUAUUAAUGCCUGCAGAUGAACUUACAUACAAAAUGUUAUUAUGUAUUUUAUGUUAGCAGAUUAAACUACCAAUAAAACAAAGUCUGCUGUAUGUAUCCUGUAUAACAUUAAAUAGUACUGAUAGUGAUAAUAAAAAUCAUUUCUGCUUA